UAUUUGCGGGGUUAUAAAGAGUUUGGUUUCGCGAGUGUGGCCGCACUGCUCGUGCUGAUGGCGGAGCAUGGAGCAGACGAGGAGUGUGUUGUUGAGGUUAUGUAGGCCCAGCUCGGCCCUGGCGCGGCGCCUGCACCUGGACCCGCGGCUCGCGCAGGCUGGGCGCCCCGCACCGAGCAUCUUCUGCCGGCGCGCCAAGCUGCUGCAGCGCGAGCGAGCCGCCCGCGCGCCCGACGCGCCGCUCUACGACUACCUCAAGGACGAGGUGGGCGCGCGGCUGGCGGACCGCGUGCUGGACAUCCGGCGGGACUUCGCGGCGGCGGCGAACCUGGGCUGCGGCCGCGGCCACGUGUCCCGGCACCUGCCCGCGGAGCGCGUGGGGCGGCUGUACCUGUGCGACGCCUGCGCGGGCUGGCUGGAGGCGGCGCCCGCCCCCGAGGGCGUGUCCGCGGAGCGCCGGGCCGUGGACGAGGAGGGCCCGCUGCCCUUCGCCGCCGCCUCGCUGGACCUGGUGAUCAGCAGCCUGGCGCUGCACUGGGUGAACGACCUGCCCGCGGCGCUGGGCGAGGCGCAUCGCUGCCUGCGCGAGGACGGGGCCCUGCUGACCGCCAUGUUCGGGGGCGACACCCUGUACGAGCUGCGCUCCGCCCUGCAGCUGGCCAACCUGGAGCGCCGGGGCGGGGCGGCGCCCCACGUGUCGCCCUUCGCCCAGGUGCGCGAUGUGGGCGCGCUGCUGACGCAGGCCGGCUUCACCAUGCUCACCAUCGACACGGACGAGCUGGUGGUGGGAUACCCCUCCAUGCUGGAGCUCAUGGGUGACCUGAAGGGCAUGGGCGAGAGCAACGCCGCGCUGCGCCGCGCGCUGCACCUGGGCCGCGAGCGCCUGGUGGCGGCGGCCAGCGUCUACGACCGGCUGUACGGGCGCGACGAGGCCGGGCGGAGGUCCGUGCCGGCCACCUUCCAGGUGAUCUACGCGCUGGGCUGGAAGCCGAGCGCCUCGCAGCCGCGCCCGCUGGCCCGCGGCUCCGGGCAGGUGUCCCUCCGGGACCUGCACCGCCUGGACGAGAUCAUCCGCGACAGCAAGAAGGUGCCGCUGGACCCGGAGUAGCAGCACAGGGCAUCCUCACUAUCUGUAUCAUAUAUUAAUAAAAUAUAUAAUAAAAUAUA